UCUCUUAUGCACGCGACGGUCGCCAUUUGUGAACGAUUUGUGAGAAUGUUUGUAGGGCUGAGUAGUGUGUGGAUUUAUUGCUCAAAUCUUUAGUUGCGUGACCAGAUGUGACCUACACCUAGUGUACGCACAUCAGGAUAUCAGGGAGAGUGUUUUCUAUUUUAUUUUGUGACUUAAAAAACCACACAGAUGGAAAACUUAGUUCGUUUUGCGUCUAGCGGCGCCACGGGAAUGGAAAACGAUCAACAAAGGCUCAUGCACCAGGGUCCUGGCACUAUGGCCAGUGUUAUGCCCCAGCAGACUGUGUACGACCAGAAUAUGCAGUCUGGUGAUCCCGACCAAAGAAAACAAGAAAUUGGUGACAUUUUACAACAAAUUAUGACCAUAACCGACCAAAGCUUAGACGAAGCACAAGCAAGGUGGGUCGACAGGAAACAUACUCUGAACUGUCAUCGCAUGAAACCAGCCCUGUUUAGCGUUUUGUGCGAGAUCAAAGAAAAGACAGUAUUGAAUAUUCGAAACACACAGGAGGAGGAGCCACCGGAUCCACAACUGAUGAGGCUAGACAACAUGCUGAUUGCCGAGGGUGUGGCAGGUCCAGAAAAAGGGGGUGGUUCUUCUGCAGCAGCCAGUGCCACCGCAGCAGCUUCUGGAGGCCAGCCAGAUAGUGCUAUCGAACACUCUGACUAUCGUGCCAAACUUGCCCAGAUCAGACAAAUCUAUCACACCGAAUUAGAAAAAUACGAACAGGCUUGUAAUGAAUUCACCACCCAUGUUGUUAACUUGCUCCGAGAGCAGUCGCGCACUCGACCAAUUGCACCGAAAGAGAUUGAGAGAAUGGUCAGCAUUAUUCGAAAGAAGUUCUCAGCGAUCGAGAUGCAGUUGAAACAAAGCACGUGUGAAGCUGUUAUGAUUUUACGAUCACGUUUCUUGGAUGCUAGGCGGAAACGUCGGAAUUUCAGCAAACAAGCUACUGAAGUUUUGAAUGAAUAUUUCUACUCACACUUGAGCAACCCAUAUCCAUCUGAGGAAGCUAAAGAGGAACUUGCUAGGAAAUGUGGAAUUACUGUGUCACAGGUUUCUAAUUGGUUUGGCAACAAGAGAAUCCGCUAUAAGAAGAACAUUGGCAAGGCUCAAGAGGAAGCCAACAUGUAUGCAGCGAAGGCAGCCUCGGCAGCGGCAUCCCAGGGAGCCAUCUCUAGUGAUGUGGCAGCUCCAGGGGCCGCAGGCUUUAACCAGUCUGGAAUGUACAUGAAUCUGAAUGGAGAAAGCUAUCCAGGAGGGGAUAACUCGGUAGGCGCUAAUGUUCAAUCUCAGGUGAAUGCAUUGCGGCAUGUUAUCUCACAGACCGGUGGCUUUCCACCUGACGGCAUUCCCAGCUCCACCGGCAUGUAUGAUCCGCACGUUCAACAGGUAGGAGCAUUACAAACCAGUAUUGUUGGUGACCAGUCAUCCUCCACAGCAGAGCAUGCCAAUACCACUAAACUGGAACCAAGGUGGUCUGCUACCGAAAAGAACUUAAUGUACGCGGACAAUGGACAGGUGUAUGAUGAUGAAGAGGACGAUGAUGAUGAGGAGGAGGACAGCUCUCCAACAAAGCAGUCUGAGCUAUGAAAUCACUAAUGACAUGCAGGGUUUCUGCCAGAGGGUACGAAGGGUAAAAUUACAUACCAGUACUCUAAAAUCUGGAAAAUUCAUGGAUACAUUUUUAUAAUUCUCAGAAAGAUUAUAGUAACUGAACUGCUGUUUACAAAGUACAUGCAAUGCAGUGUCCAAUUUCAAAUAAUUUCAAACCCAGGGCUAGCUCUGGCACUCGCUAAAUUCGCCAGUAGUUUGGCCGAAUAAUUUCAUGUAAUAAUUUACAUUUCUCAGAAAAUAACUGGCAAUUUUUUAAGUUUAAUAGGCAAUUUGGCGAAUUGUUUUGCUCACCCAGAGUUAGCCCUGAAACCCAUAAUCACCUAGAAUUAUGAUCUGUUUUGCUCACCCAGAGUUAGCCCUGAAACCCUCCAGCCACCAACACAACUGCCCAAUAAAUGGCUUAAAACCAAAGAUGAUAUGAACAUGAAUUUAUAUCUUUGUAUGCAGAAUGCUAUAAUUAUUUAUACAAAUAUACUAGUAUAUAUACUUGCCACAAAAGAUGGGAGUGCUUUUAACAGUACCAGUUUUCAGUAUUUAUACAUAGGAUUUGCUUAGUGUGGUGUACAUAAUAUAACCGACUGCUUGCAAUAGUUAAAGUUUAAUCAAGAGGUUUCUAAUUAUUUUAGAUGCGGUUUUAAAUUAAUGUUAUUUAUGCAUACUGUUGUCCAUGCUAGGUUAUUACAUAGCAUUUAUUCAUUCACCAUUGCUGUCGGUUAAAAAAUUAUUAUGAGAAAAUCAUUUGUAUAUACCAGGAAUAGAAGAAAAAACUCCCAAAUUUUUAUCACAUUUUGUAUUUUAAUUCCUAGUGUAUCGUUAGGAGAAGCAUUUCCUCCAUCAGUUUAAUUUUUACUAUAAAAUGGCAGUUUAAUCUUAUGACAGAAUAUUUUUGAAAAAAAAUUGAAGAUGGAAGGGAUGGGUUAUAAUGUAUUACAUCUCUAAAACACUCCACAAAUAAGGCAUUGAAAUAAGCAUUGUGCUGAUUUAUUAUCAUAACUUACAGACCUGUUAACCUAUAGGUUAAAACACAAUUAUGAAGUUUACAAUCCCCAUCAUCAUUUCUUCACACACAGGCUAAUACUUUAUUAUCCACUCCGAUUAUAAUCAGCUUCCAUUGUACCAAUACUUGUACAUGUAUAUAAUUUAUAUUUAAAUAGCACACUGAUCAAAAGUUAGGUGGUGUUUGUUAAAAAAAAGAAAAGAGCAGAAUGAAGUACCAUUGUGGACUAUCUUAACAUGUUGUAACCUCCUGAUAACAAUGGGGACACGUCCCUCAACAUCAAACUCUGGGGACCUGUCGACGGCCUCCGGAAGACGGCAAACUUCAUCACCACAUCUGGAUUACUGAUAUGACGGCCGUAAAAAGAUUAAAUACAGAAGAAGAAGAUGAAUAAUGGUUUUGGACUUCUUUCGAUGCCCAUGAAAUCAAUUCAGUGACACGGUUUUACACCUGAAACUGGACAAUCAUUUAAUGUUUAAAUGAAGAAUUUACUUAAUUAUUAGUAGUUAGCUGGCAUUUGACUGUCAGUUAUUGUUAAAAAGAUUUGUGUGCUUACUGUGCAACAUUCAAAUGAAUAAACUGUUUUAUGUUUUU